ACUGAAUUUCGCUGAACUACACCAAUCUACGCUACUCGCUCCCUCAACCUUAGCCUAAACAGAACCCCAUCCAAUCACCGCCAUCGCCACGACCUUUCCAAAGUGCAGGGAGUGAAGACUAGCAAUGAUUCAUUCUCAUCCGUCCGUUAGAGAUCGUAUCCUAAUGACGCCCUUAAUACCUCUCUUCGACUUCAACCUCUCUCCCCUUUGCUCCGCCUCUUCUUCCUACUCUCGCUCCUCCCAAUUCAAAUUCAUUUCUCCCUCUGUAUCACAACGUUCCCUGCUCACAACGGUCGAAUCCCGCGCCAGUACGCCUAGAGCUUCCACACGCAUCGCCAUUGCCACCAAUAAUAAUGACUCCGGCUCUGCUCGAAAUCGCUUUUGUGUUUCAAGUAGAAGGAGAGCGCUUGCAUUUGUAGCAACACUACCGACUAUUCUUCUUUUGAAUGAACCAUCGUUGGACGGCUUUGUCGCUAAGGCGGAUGGCCUGCCUACAAGUGAAUAUCUGCUCAUGACGGAAGAGGUGAGGAAGGUUUUGUCUAAAGGAAAUGCCGCUGGUGUACUUCGUCUGGUUUUUCAUGACGCGGGAACCUUUGAUAUGGAUGACAAUUCAGGUGGCAUGAAUGGUUCCAUUGUGUAUGAACUUGAUAGACCAGAAAAUGUGGGUCUUAAAAAGCCUGUGAAGAUUCUAGAUAAAGCAAAGACUGAAGUGGAUGCGAUACGUCCAGCAUCAUGGGCAGACAUGAUUGCUGUGGCAGGAGCUGAAGCAGUUUCGGUAUGUGGAGGUCCAACAAUUCCAGUACCGUUAGGCAGACUAGAUUCAAUGGAGCCUGAUCCAGAAGGGAAACUUCCUCAAGAAUCUCUGGAUGCUCUUAGUUUGAAGCAGUGCUUUCAAAGAAAAGGCUUAACAACACAAGAUCUUGUUGCUCUGUCUGGAGCCCAUACUGUUGGAAAUAAAGGUUUUGGAAAUCCAACUGUUUUUGACAAUGCAUACUUUAAAAUUCUUCUUCAGAAGCCAUGGAAGUCUUCAGGUGGCAUGAUUGGGCUUCCUUCGGAUCAUGCAAUUGCCGACGAUGAUGAGUGCUUAAGAUGGAUCACAAAGUAUGCUGAAAGUGAGAAUAUGUUCUUUGAAGAUUUUAAAAACGCUUAUAUCAAACUGGUGAAUUCUGGUGCAAAGUGGAAGAAUUCGUGAUAUUGUUCUCUUUAAUCAGAUUACAGACGUAUUUACAGAAAUUGUGUGCAGGGAGGGAACAGGUACUUCAAUGUGGUUAAAAGUGAUGUACCAGGAGGGUGUUGUAAUUUUUGAAGGAAUUA